GACCUUCCCAAGGCCAGCGCCGAGGAGCUUGUGAAAAGUGAUUCAAGCAACAGCUGGAGCAUGAUCCUUUCAAUGCUGGUGAUUUUUCUGUUUGCACUUUUUGGAUUCGAAGAGCUGCUUCGGAAAUUGUUUUCGAUGGUGGCGAACCGUUGGAAAGAAGAAGAAGAAGCCCAGCUGGAAGAAAAACUGCUGCAAGACCAGCCGGUAGGUCCUAGCCAUGUCGCCGUUGAGAAUGUCCAGACCCUCCAGAAUGAGCAGGUCGUAAGGUAUGUCUUGCAGCUGCCUUCGGACGAGCGCUUCGAGAAUGAAAGCGAGCAGUCCGAAGAUGAUGAGAUUCCUCCUGAAGAGUGGUCUCGCUGGAGUAGAUUGAAAAUGGAAGUGCAGAACGAGAACUCGCAGAGAAGGUGGCGCCAGUUUUGCCAAGAACUGGAAUUGAGCUCAAGUGGCAUGGAUAGAAGCGCCCGAACUAUCCUGAGUGAAGAAAGUGUGACCAGUACCAGGUGGAAAAAGUUCACGUCCAUGUUCCUGGUGACCUCCACAACUGGUUUCGAAGAUGAGCAAAUCCGCCAAUGGCACCGAAUGUGGAAUGACAAUUUGAUGUUCCUUGGCAGUGUCAACAAAAGACUCCAACAAGAAAGAGCAAAGCUGCUGGAUCAUGAAGACUUCGAGAAGAUCCGCGAGAAAUACCUGAGUGGCUUGCUGACUGAUCGUUCGUCCCAGACUCCAAUCUCGUAUGACUACCAUGCUCCCAAUUUGAGAGCAAGACAGCUGCCGGCCACUCAGCAUGGCGCGUGGUUGCAGGCCAAUGAACUUGGCUUGCGAUCAUGA